AUGGAUACCACGCUACCUCUUCCUUUCGUCCCCAGUGUCCGCCUUGGAACCGACCUUCAGCCUGCGGAAUCCAAACUCCAAGAUGGACCGGGACUUGCCCAGAAGCAGUUGUCGUACCUGGGAUGCGUCUACCUCUCGGCAACCAGUGAGAAUAUUGACACUGUCCUCCAGUUCCUCGGGGGGCACAUCUCGAUUGAGGUAUAUGUCAAUGCCACCGCAAUUAACUCAAUCGCCGAUAUUAUUACAUGUUUGGACGCCGGUGCCCGGAAGGUCUUUGUCAAGGUUACCCAGGCCGAGCAAUUGAAGCCUUAUGGGAACAGGCUGAUUCCUGUACUUUCUGGACAAGAUGAUGCCCCAGCCUCACUCCCAAAUGGUGUCCUGGUGGAAAUUGAUGAGAAUUUAUCGUCCUCUAAACCUGCCCUGGAAAAGUUAACUGCCCGCAAGAUCUCGCCGGUAUUUGCAACACCCGCCUCGACCUCCGGGCUCGACUCAUUUGUCCAACUUGCAAAAUCGCACUCUGCCAUACCAAUUAUACCUGCUGAGAGCUUGACGGUGGAGCAGGGCUCGAUAGGGAAGAUCUCUAUUCCUGGGCUUAUUGGAGGAUCGUGGGUUUCGGACCGGCCCGAUAAACUCGUUCCGACAGUAGUCACAGAUGAGAGGGGCAUUGCUCUUGGGUUGGUAUACAGCAACCAAGAGAGCGUCGCAGAAUCCUUGAAGACCGGCACAGGUGUUUAUCAGAGCCGGAAACGCGGGCUAUGGUAUAAGGGCGCUACAUCUGGCGAUAUACAAGAGCUCGUGAGAAUUUCCAUGGACUGUGACCAGGAUUGUCUGAAGUUUGUGGUCCGGCAAAAGGGACGAGGUUUCUGCCAUUUACCUCAAUCCACUUGUUUCGGCGAACUUCGGGGGAUAUCAAGCCUCGAGAAGACCUUGGUAUCAAGAAGAAGCGCUGCACCCGAAGGGUCAUACACCGCACGCUUAUUCUCCGACGAGAAGCUAUUACGAGCCAAGAUAAUGGAGGAGGCAGAGGAGCUGUGCGAUGCGCAGACAAAGGAUGAAGUCGCAUUUGAAGCCGCAGAUCUGAUAUACUUUGCUUUGACGAAGGCUAUAAGCGUGGGUGCUAGCCUUGCAGAUAUUGAACGGAGCCUUGAUGCGAAGAGCGUCAAGGUUAAAAGAAGACAAGGGGAUGCCAAGGGGAAAUGGGCUGCGAAAGAGGGAAUUACGAGUGUGGUAGCCAAUGAAGCUACUAAGCAGGCAGUGAAAGAGGUUGCCAACAACGAUGCAGCUACUACAGGUGGUCGGAUCACCAUGAAGCGCUACACUGCCGAAACGACGUCCCUAGAAGAAUUGGAAACAGUGUUACAAAGGCCAUCGCAAAAAUCUACCGAGUCAAUUAUGGCUAUUGUUAAUCCAAUCAUCAAAGACGUUCGCACAGGUGGCGACAAGGCGCUUUUGGGAUAUACUCACAAGUUUGAGAAGGCAACAUCACUCAGGUCACCUGUCCUUAAAGCGCCAUUUCCAAAAUCUCUGAUGGAUCUUCCUCCAGAAACAAUCGAAGCAAUCGACGUCUCGUUCGAAAAUAUCCGGAAGUUCCACGCUGCCCAGAAGGAAGAAAAGUCUCUUCAAGUUGAAACUAUGCCAGGUGUAGUGUGCACUCGUUUCUCGCGACCGAUCGAACGUGUUGGGCUAUACGUGCCAGGAGGAACGGCCGUCCUCCCUAGUACAGCGCUCAUGCUGGGAGUCCCUGCCAUGGUCGCAGGAUGCAAGAAAAUCGUCCUAGCUUCACCACCUCGCAUCGAUGGCAGCAUUACGCCUGAGAUUGUCUACGUUGCACACAAAGUUGGCGCAGAGUCAAUUGUACUCGCAGGCGGCGCCCAGGCAGUUGCAGCUAUGGCCUACGGUACCGAGAGCGUAAGUAAAGUGGACAAAAUAUUAGGGCCUGGCAACCAAUUUGUCACUGCUGCGAAGAUGUUUGUCAGUAAUGAUACCAACGCUGGCGUCAGCAUUGACAUGCCUGCCGGCCCAUCUGAGGUUUUGGUUAUUGCCGACAAAAGUGCCAACCCGGCAUUUGUUGCUUCCGACCUAUUAUCACAGGCAGAACACGGUAUUGAUAGCCAGGUAAUUUUGAUUGCAGUUGAUCUUUCGGAGAAGGAACUCUCGGCCAUUGAAGACGAGCUACACAAGCAAGCAAUGGCGCUACCUAGGGUGGAUAUUGUCCGAGGGGCAAUUGAACACUCAGUCACGCUUGUGGUGAGAGACAUUGAAGAAGCUAUGAGGCUGAGCAACAUAUAUGCCCCCGAACAUUUGAUUCUACAGUUGAAGAACGCUGCAAGUGUCGUUGAACUUGUUGAAAACGCAGGCAGCGUGUUUAUCGGCGAGUGGACGCCGGAGAGUGUUGGCGACUACUCCGCGGGGGUUAAUCAUUCACUGCCAACAUACGGUUACGCAAAACAAUACUCAGGGGUAAAUCUUGGAUCAUAUGUAAAGCAUAUUACCUCAGCCAACCUCACCGCUCAAGGCCUGAGAAAUGUGGGCGGUGCCGUCAUGCAGCUCGCAAAAGUAGAGGAGUUAGAGGCCCACAGACGUGCGGUGGAAAUCCGGAUAAAGUAUAUGGAUGAUAAUAAGAUAUAA